AUGGGUAGUUCAGCUCUGCAGUUUGUCAUCCUCGAAAACUCUCCUCCGGAGACCAAACCGCAUAUCCAGGAGCUGUCGGUGAAGACCACCAUUAUCUCCCGAUACGCCUUCACGGCGGUGUCGUGCACCAUGCUCAACCGGCACUCCGCUGCCGCCGAGGGCGUCUUCCAGUUCCUGAUUCCCAAGAACGCCUAUGUCUCGAACUUUACCAUGAUCAUUGGGGGGCGUGUCUACCCCAGUGAGGUCAGGCCCAAGGAGAAGAAGGUCAAACAGGGGAAGGGCGGUGAGGCCAAACCCAAGAACAAGGAGGCAGGUGAACAGAGUAGCGAACCAGAGGUGGAGGUGUUCAGGAUGGGGGCCAGUAUCCCAGGUCGUAACCGGGCCAUGUUCAUGCUGACCUAUGAGGAGCUGCUCCAGCGGAGGCUGGGGAGGUAUGAGCAUGUGACCAGCCUGAGACCCCUGCAGCUGGUCAGCCGUCUCAGUGUGGACGUCACCAUUGUGGAUCACUCCACCAUCACCCACCUGGAGGUGCUGCCACUGCGCAACGGCAAGAGCAACACGAAUGGGAGAAACUCCCCAAAUACAGGUCCUGCUCUUCCUGUUUCCACGGUGAUCAAACAAAAUAAGACGUUCUGUAGGAUCACCUUCAGCCCCAACAUCGUUCAGCAGGCUAAGAUCACCACCAGCGGCAUGCUGGGAGAGUUUGUGGUGCACUAUGACGUGGAGAGAGAGCUGGGGAUAGGAGACAUACAGGUUCUGAACGGCCAUUUUGUGCACUACUUCGCCCCCAAGGAUCUGCCGGUGGUGCCCAAGAACGUGGUGUUUGUGAUCGACACCAGCGCCUCUAUGCUGGGCACCAAGAUCAGACAGACUAAGGAUGCCCUGUUCACUAUCCUGAGGGACCUGCGUCCAGGCGACCGGUUUAACUUUGUCAGCUUCUCCAACCGUAUCAAGGUGUGGCAGCCCAACCGCCUGGUCCCCGUCACGCCUCUCAACGUCCGAGACGCCAAGAAGUUCAUCUAUAUGCUCCAACCCACUGGAGGCACUGACAUCAAUGGUGGCAUACAGACGGGCUCCUCAUUGCUAAGCGGCUACCUGAACGCCGAUCCAGACGCCAACCACAACAGUGUGUCUCUCAUCAUCUUCCUGACAGACGGGCGGCCCACGGUGGGCGUGCUGCAGUCUCCCAGCAUCCUAAGCAACGCGCGGGCAGCGGUGAAGGAGCAGUUCUGCGUGUUCACCAUCGGGAUGGGGAACGAUGUGGACUACAGGCUUCUGGAACGCAUGGCCCUGGAAAACUGUGGGAUGAUGAGGAGGAUACAUGAGGAUUCAGAUGCCAGCACCAUGCUCAAAGGGUUUUAUGAUGAGAUAGGCACUCCACUGCUCUCUGAUAUCAGGGUGAAUUACACAGAGGACUCGGUCCAGUACGUCACCCAGCACCUCUUCACCAACUAUUUCAACGGCUCAGAGAUCGUCAUCGCCGGCAAAUUGACCAAUCAAAGUGCAGACUCCCUGCACGUCCAGGUCACCGCCAGCAACAGCGACAAGAGCAUCGUCCUGGAGACAGACGUGGCGUUACGGCAAAGGGAGGUGGAGACGGAGAGGCACGUGAAGGAGGCGGCGGCCGGGGUGGGGUCAGGGGUUACAGGGGCGGGCACGACAGGGUCAGUGGCGGAUGAUUUCGUGGAGCGUGUAUGGGGUUUCCUGAGUGUGAAGGAGGGGCUGAGGUCCAGGCUGAAGAGCCAGACCAGCAGGGAGAGAGAGGGACAUACCCAGCAGGCGACUGACCUCUCCCUGACAUACCACUUCCUCACGCCCCUCACCUCCCUGGUGGUGGAAAAACCUCAGGUGCUGGCCGACGGAACCAUGGCCGAGGACACACCCACCCCCACCCCUGUAACCACAGAGACAAAUAAGAAGGCUGUUUCAGCCAAUGAGCUGUCGGAUGAGACGGAAGGGGAGGAAGACACAGCCCAGAGCCUGCACUUGAAGAAAGACCAGCCGGGUGGACAGAGUUCCACAGUUACCAAGACAACGGGUAAAGUUUUGAAGAGGCCAGCCCAAAAAUCUGUAACCAUCUCCAAAACAUCAGCGGACGGCGAUCCCCACUUUGUGGUUGAGUUCCCCCUCAGUAAACUGACUGUGUGUUUCAACAUCAACGGAGAGCCAGGACACAUUCUCAGAAUGGUAUCUGACCACAAGCACUCUGGUGUGACAGUAAAUGGUAAGCUGAUAGGCGCCCCAGCGCCAGCGGGCAGCCACAAACAGCAGAGGACAUACUUCAGCACCCUUACCAUCGUGGUGAACCGACCCAAACGUUCCUACAUCGAGGUCACCCCCAAGAAGGUCAUUCUGGAUGGACGUGACCGCCUGGUCCUGCCCUGCGACACCACAGUCUCCGUGGAGAGUGGCGGGCUUGCGGUGACGAUAGUGGGAAAGUCCACCGUGACCGUAACCAUAGGAAGAACUAUUAGUUUCGUCAUACUGGUGCAUCAGUACAAGAACCCUGCUCCCUAUCAGAGAAACCACCUGGGAUUUUACAUCUCCAACAGCAAAGGGCUGUCACAUGACUGUCAUGGACUACUGGGUCAGUUCCUGUAUGAGGAAGUGGGACUCGCAGAGCUUCCUGGCAAUGCCACGGCAACAGGAGACAACAGCACGUUUGAACGUUCACACAUCCUGAAGGUCAAAGGGCGUUCAGUGCCGGUGGUCCAGAAGACCCGGCGUAUCUACAGCGGACGUCAGAGCGUGGACUGCUGGUUCGCCAGGAACAACGCAGCCAAGCUGAUCGACGGACAGUAUGAAGAUUAUGUGGUGUCACACCUAUUCGACACGGGCGAUUGGCCCCACGGAAGUAACGGAGCCUGAGACAGGAGCCAAUAAGGAGCCAGCAAUGAACUUGUCCCGCCCACACAUAAACUAUAACCCCAGGUACAGCUAUAGUAGCCAACAUGCUCUUUUCAU